AUGGCUGCAGAGAACAAGGACUUGACUCUGCGACCAGCAGCUGCAGUCAUGAGCCGUCGGUUGGUGCUGAUGGUGAGCCUCGGGCUCGCGCUGUUGGCGUGUUCCCGCGGCGGAGAGGCGCGUGUCCGGCUCAACUCCAUCAGGACCGUGAUUCUGAGGGAGGGGCACGCGCUGCCGGUGAACCGUAGCACGUGGGAGCCGAGUGUGGACCUGACACUCUACCAGUGCAUGAGCGACCUGGAGUGCAGUGAGGGGAGCUAUUGCCACGCCCCCUCAAAAGGCCCCGCCCAUUCCCGUUGCCAGACCUGUCGCAGGAGGAAGAGGCGUUGCCACAGGAACGGCAUGUGUUGCCCAGGCAACCACUGCAGUAACAAUAUCUGUGUUCCUGACAUCGACAGUUUUAUGUCUCAGAGGAUCCCGGACUCGGACGCAGAGAUGAGUCCACUGUCUAAAAAGAAAGGAUGGAGGAAAAGAGGAAGAACGGAUGCCAAAGGGACGACUGGUAAAGGUCAGGUCGGGGAUCCUUGUCUGCGCUCCUUGGACUGCUCGGACAGUUUGUGCUGCGCCCGUCACUUCUGGACUCGCAUCUGCAAGCCCGUGUUGCGGGAGGGACAGGUUUGCACGCGACACCGCCGGAAAGGGAACCACGGCCUGGAGCUGUUCCAGCGCUGCCCGUGUGGGGACGGGCUAAGCUGCCGAACGCUGAGAGAGCCUGGCGCCCAGCCUUCAUCACCAUCAUCUUCGUCAUCAUCAUCAUCAUCAUCUCUGCUUGCGGCGGCGGCGAAGUCCAAGUUUGCGUCGUCCUCUUCCUCAUCUCGCCACUCGUCUCCUCACACAUCUUUGCUGUCUUCAAAGUCUUCAUCGUCAGCGAAGCCGUCGUCGUCGUUGCCCGCAGUGGCAAAAACGAGACUUCAUGUGUGUCAGAAAAACUGA